CGUGAUCCCAGGCUGGUUGUUCGAAGAAAUGUCCCAAAUCCACUGGGUCCAGUUUGUUAUUGUGAACAUUGGUUUUUCAUCAUUUCAAUCAUGUCAGCGACACAAACACUUUGAAUACGCGGAGAUGAGCUCAUCUUGAUCAUUGUUUAAAAUUCUAUUUUCAGUAAAAUUCAUAUCACUUUGUUGAUCUGCAGUGUGGCAAUGUUGAAAGAGAACACACACACACACACACACACACACACACACAAAGGAUAAACUGAUUAAAGUGCAUAAUAACAGAGUACAUAUAGGUGCUUAUUUUAAGUGCGGGGUUCAUUAGUAGAGCACUAGAAUAGACAGCUAAUGAGACAACGGGCCCCCUGGGUCCUGACACAUGUCCUACUUAUAAGAGCAGGAGCUCAGUUAUACUGGUUUUGAAUCUGUUCUUGGUAGUUUCAGGCUCUUUAUGUUAAAAGUUUAUCCUUUGUGGAUGUUUUGCGUCUCUUGGUGUCUUUUUUUUUUUCAUAUUCUUUAUUGUUUUUGGUCAUUUGUCUGUCCAUAUGUAAUGGUGGUGCUGAAUCAGGCACUCUCUGAACCCGGCCAUAUUUGCUGGGCACAACAGUCAGCAUUGCAAAAUGUGGAUGGGAUACACUGGGCAGACAGGAGCCACUUAGUAGCCCAUGUGAGUGGGCACGAGUCAGAGUUUACUGGCUAAGAGUGUGUCCUUCCAUUUUCCAUAUCGCCUGUCCUGUGAAGGUUGGGUUAAAGACACAGGGAGGACAUGUCAGCUCCACAAAGACAGGCCCCAGCCACCUGUCAGGUUAGAAUCCAGAACCUUCUGCUGUAAGGUGACACCGCUAACCACUAAACCACCAUGCCAGGCCUUCUUUAUAAGUGCAUUCCAUAAAUCUAUAUAUAUUGUAAUUACUUAUUUGACUGUGGACUGCAUAGGCAAGUCCUGCAGGAUACUGAUGUCAACUUCCUCAGUAGAAAUAAUAAUCUCUCUUUAGCAGGCGUCUGUUCUGUCUACAGUUCCUACAGAGCACUUUAUAGGAAGUAAAUAAAGUGGCUACAACCGAGCCACACAACACUUUUUCAGCCAGUCAGCCAAAGGGUGCACUUCUGCUUGUAACAAGGGAAAUAAGUACAGAAAAGCGGAUUGUGGGACAAGAAGCGUGGGAGGGAGAGGAGGAAGGAGUGAAGGGAGAGUGUUUUUUGUUUUGUUGUUGAGUUUGAAUAUGGACUGUCAUUCUCCAGAAUCCAUUACUCCAGCUGCAAACAGCAAAGUUAAUUUUUGACCUUGGCAAGUUUGACGAAUCUCAGCUCAAGGUCCACUGACUUUCAUGAUUGGAGUUUUCAUGUAGAUGGACCAUUGUUAUCUUAUUGUAACUGAUCUGUAACAGUAAUGCCUUUUGGACAAGCAGACUUUAAAGACCACGUGAUACAGCUUUUUAAAAACUCUAAAUAUCUAGUAAUUGGACCUUGAGCUUGGAUGUUUAUGACUUCAAAUGUAUUUCUUUUUCAAAUAUUGGGGAAUUAUAAUACAAAUGGAAAACUUGAGUAAAAUUAUUUUACAUUAUAAUUUCUAUACAAUUUAUACAGCUGUAUGUGGUGUAUCGAGUGACUGGUUUCUGUGUCCGGCCCACAAUGAUUUUUAAAAUGGAAAAAAAUAAUCUUCUACAAAAGUACUUUUAUAUUUUUAACAAUUUUUAACUAUUUUACAAACUAUUUUUGAAUCAUCUAACCAGCAGACACAACAACAUCUUUGACAAAUCUAAAACAAUAAAUGGCCUUUGUCUUCAGUCUCAUGAUCACAUGAUCCAUACACAUCUAUUUUUAGCUUUCAAGAGCAGAAGCAGAUUUUUCAGUUUUUCUGUCUGAUAGCGUUCAUCAGCAUCGGGCGCUGAGGACGGAGUGAUGCCAUCAUCGCUGUGGUGACAGCAGAGAGAGAAGCGGGGCCUGAUUCUGGGAGACAGAGGCAGGUCACCAUGUGCCGGAAUCUGUCCAAAUACGCCUUCAUCUUCCUCUUCCUCGCUCUGUUUGGACUCCUCUUGCUGCUCCGCAACAUCCACACUGUGGAGAACUGGAACUGCCACACGAUUUCAGCGCUCUACCAGCUGCAGAGCAGGAUCCAGUCAUCCUUCCUCCCCGUCAGUCUCCCCAAUUUCUAUCACAACCGCACCUUUUGUGCUCACCUGGGCCAGAAACCCUCCCCCGAAGAUGAGCUGGAAGAGCGCUACCUGCUGGACUCCAUCGCCUGGCCCGGGCCCCCGACUCGCUCCGCACCGAUGGCCUUGCGCCUGACGAGCGACCCUUUGCACAGCCUGUUCGCCAUCCUCCCCACUAAAGGAGGCAGGGAAUGGCACGUGGGCGACCAACUGGAGGUCCUUGUCCAGAUGCACGACUUCCAUGGUCGUCCCAAGCGCUAUGGCGGCGAUUUCAUUUUGGCCAGACUGCACUCUCCGGAGCUCGGAGCAGGUGUGGCAGGUAAAGUGCUGGACCACAGGAAUGGAUUCUACUCGGCUCUGUUCCCGCUCCUCUGGGUGGGAUCUGCACAGGUCGAGGUCACGCUGGUGCACUCCAGCGAGGCGGUCUCCGUGUUGCAGCGGCUGAGGGAAGAGCGCCCUGACCGCGUGUUUUUUAAGAGCCUGUUCCGCUUGGGCUUCCUGUCUGAAACCACUGCGUGUAACAUGUGCCUGCCCCCCGAUCAGCAGCCUCUCUGCAACUACACAGACCUUUACACUGGAGAGCCAUGGUACUGCUAUAAGCCGAAGAUACUCAGCUGCGACACCAGAGUCAACCACGCCAAAGGAGGCUACCUGAAACACCUCAUCACCAACAAGGAGGCACUGCUCUUCCAGAGUGGCGUAAACAUCAAAGUUCACAUACACCCUUCAGGACCCGACAGAGUCACUGUGCUCCCACCAAGAAAAGAUAAAGUAGAGGCAGAGAGCAGCAGUGCAAAACCAGACGCCAUUAUGCUCAAGCCAUCUGGGUAUUACUACGAGGAGUCAUGGAGGCCAUUAGGGGGCGACACAAUGCGCCAGUUCAAUGAAUCAUCUGCCAUCAUCCAGUGUUUGAAGAACAGGAUGAUCCACCUUUACGGAGACUCCACUGUCAGACAGUGGUUUGAGUACCUCAUUGCUUUCGUCCCAGGGUUGAAGGAGUUCAACCUGAACAGUCCUAAAAACGUCGGGCCUUUCAUGGCGGUGGACAACGCGCACAACAUCCUCUUGAAAUACCGCUGCCACGGCCCGCCCAUCCGCUUCUCCACCGUCAUGUCCAGCGAGUUGAGGUACAUCUCCAACGAGCUGGACGGCCUCUCUGGGGGUCCCAACACCAUCGUGGUCCUCAGCAUCUGGGCCCAUUUCAGCACCUUCCCCGUGGAGGUGUACAUACGACGGCUGCGCCACAUUCGGCUGGCGCUGGUGCGACUUCUGGACCGGGCGCCGGGGACGCUCGUGGUGAUCCGCUCGGCCAACCUCCAAGCCCUGGACCAAGAGGUGAGCCUGUACAACAGCGACUGGUACUCCAUGCAGCUGGACAAGGUGCUCAGGGCCAUGUUCAAGGGAAUGAGCGUCCUGCUGGUGGAUGCCUGGCAAAUGACUGUGGCACACCACCUCCCCCACGCCCUCCAUCCGCCGCCAGCCAUCGUCAAGAACAUGAUAGACAUGCUGCUGUCCUACGUUUGCCCAGAGAAGAAGAAGAGCUAACAGGAGCAGGACAGUGACUUGGAGGAAACUAAGGAGUUUUCCGUGUGAAUCCACCGAUAUGUUCUUCAAAUCUUUUACUUCCCUGAAGCCAACCCCCCCCCUCCCCUACUGAAAGAUUGACCAGACUGAUCUGACUGAACGAUCUGUUUACUUGCCUGUUACAUUUCAUCAUAACCAGGAAUGCCAAAGACCUUGGUGACAUGUGCUGAGGUAUUUUGUGUGUGUCCUUCUCUCAGAAUCACAGUGUGAGCUUUGUGUCAUUCAUUUUGCCAAAGUUAAAAUCUCAGUGACAUUUCGUUUCAGUUUUUUUUCCUCUCAGGCUGUUCCGUGUUAAAGAAUGUUCCUCUGAUCCGAGCCACGUCACAACACGUCCACUAAUGUCUCUAUUUGUUUAAAUGUGUAAACUGUGAGUCCAUGUGCUCUGAGAAUUAUCUAUAAUGUGAACCACAUACUACCACAUAUGUUUACUGUAUCAUGCAUAUCAUUGCCCUGUAAUGCACCUGCACGUGUGGCAGCUACAGUAUUGGCAACUAUAAUUUUCUUUAUCUAUAUGUUUUCUUAUCUAUAAUUUCUUUAUCCUCUUUAUUUCAAAGAUUUAACUGUGUUAGUUCCAGUCGACUUUUGCCUGAAGACGUCUCUGACUCACAGAUCUGCCUCUUUGCCUUUCAGACAACACAUUUUAUCGAGGUAAAAAUCAUCAAAUCAAAAGCAGGCAUUGUCCGUCCAUCCCAGGCUUGACCUUUACGUAAUGACUCCUUUGUAUUCAUAUUUUACUUUAUAUUACAGAAAUAAUUUUCUUUCUAUGUUCAGUUUUGUGUUAGGGAUGUUCUUAAUGGACAUUUGAGUGUUAUAUAAAAAGAUCAAAUAGUGUCACAUGUUCAUUAGAGCCCGGCCGAUACGGAUUUUUUGGGACGAUGGAGAGAAAAAAAGUCUGAUGCUAAAAUAUUGGUCGAUAUAUACGAAGACAAAAAAAUUUGCAACGCUGCCUAAGAUGUUAUAAAACCUUUAUCACUAAUUUUUUAUUGGGGUUUGAUAUUUUACGAUUUAAACUUUAUCACAGCCUAAAAACAACCAAAUAUCUAUUGAAUGUAAACAUAUAUUUCUGCUUUGUUAAAUCGAUAUAAAGAGUUUACAUCAGCGAACAUAAACAAUGAUACAGAUAUGUCUGUGAAAGGAUUGUAUAUCGGGCUCUAAUGUUCAUCAUAGGACAUCAGUGAUGGGGGGAGAAGAGAGUGGAGGUUGUUUAUUGAGUUUUCUGAUCUUUGUGAUACAAAGAGAUAAUGUGCCUAUUUUAUAUCUAAUUCCGUCCCUGAAUCGAUCAAAGUAUUUAUUCAUAAUUUAGAAUAACUGAGUUAUGUAUUUCUUGUUUUGUUUUUCAUAUAUUGUUAAAAAGAUCAAUAAAUUAAGCCAUGAGCGCAAACUGUGGGUUAUAGAUGGAGCAGUAAAAACCAACAUGUCUGUGCACUGAUCGCUCUCAGUGACUCCUGUGUCUUCAUCAUUCAGGUAACUUCAACAUUUAAGAAGGGAUAAAUUAUUCCUCAAUGCUUCAGAGAGUUGAUCGCUAAUCCGAGGAUUUCAGAAAGCCUGAAUGCCAAAGAGUGUAACUACUCUACCUGACGAGACUGGACUCGCUUGAAUAAAAGAGGCUAGCACCUAAAAAUGUGUUUGUUAUUGGUUAUGUUUUAUAAUCAACCUUUAAUUAUAACCAUCAGUUCAUUGUUAUCCAGGUGUUGGGUAAAUACAUGAAAUUAUUGUGUAUUUGAUUUUUUUGGUCAUAUUUUUCAGCUCUGUACUUGAAAUCAAAGAUUAUGUUGCACAUCAGCUCUCACUCACAUUUUAUAGCCCAUUCAUUUGAUGCCAGCAUGUUGCUGAGUCAGCACUGUUUCUAAUCAUAUUAAAAUGUUUUGUUCAUAAAACUGUGACAGCUCAGAGCUGUGGUGGACGAGCUUUCAUCAAUGUUCCGUCUUGUUACUGUUGGAAAUGUUGGAGGGUUUCAAAGAAAUCCGAUUGCAGCUGAUAUUAAAAGAGACAUGCAAAAACCUA